UUUAAAUCGUUAAAAAUGAAUAGUAGAAGCAAUAAUCAAACUGAUGAGAGCAAGGAAAACUAUGUAGAUGGCAGAAACGUUAAGACUAUAAGGUCCUUAAGAAAGAGCUCAGCCAAGAAAGGUACCCAGAGUUCAAAAAGUAUCAGAGAGUCUAAUGCUAGUCAGAAAGAUAGCAGGAAAGAUUUUAAAAUUACUAAAAAGAAGCAGGCAAAUAAUUCACGGAUGAUGGACUCAACUAGUGAAGCUCUAAACACGUCAGGGAUGAAGAAUACUGCUGUCCCUGUAUUGAGCAAGGCUGCUAUUAAGCAUGAAAAGAAAUCUGCAUCUCAUGUGCAGAAUGCAGGGAAGAGGAUCCCAAACAAAAAGCACACAGUGAUCAAGACCAAUACAGGUCAUUUCAGAGAUAACUCAAGAGGUGACUCUAAGCCAGUUCCAUUGGAUAGCACAAAUGCAGAGCCUGUUAGUACUUUGAUCUCUGCUACUUUGAACAAUAAGAAUAAUCUGAACAAUACCUACAUCACUGAAAAUACAAAUGUAGGAUAUAGCAAAAUAGGCACUAGUAAUGGUUCGAGAGGAGAAAGUAAGCAAACAGCUAAUAGAGAGAAAUCUGGAGCUGGAAAGAGACUUCCUCCAGGAGUGAGGCUUUAUAAUCAAUCUAAGAACCCCAAGGGAAAGAUUCAAGGUAAAAAGAAAAAUGAUGCUCCUCCUAAACCUGUGCUUACUAAAAACGUUGAAGAGAUGCUAAUCCAGUCAAACAGAGAGAAAUGUGAGGAAAUUAUUAAAACCAGUAAUGAAAUUCAUGAGACCUUGAACGGAGCAGGUAUUGACAAGAGUGCAAUAAUAGAGGCUUUAUUCUCUGAUGCUCUAUUCAACCACAUCCUUGCCAAUCUUCUCUUCCAUGCGAAAAUUCUUGGUAAGAGUAAACUAGAGAACUUUCUUCAUUCUCGUAUCAAAAGGUUCAUCAAGGAGUACCAGACAGAGAGCCAAAUAAGGGAGAAUUUAGAUAACAUCCACUCAAGAAUUGCUGAUAGAAUCCAGAAGCUUAAAGAUGUUAGAAAGAAGUACAUGGAAGAUAUGGACAAGUAAACCAAAGGCCAUAAGUAUUCCAAAAAUAGUGACAAAUUCAAUA